AUGAAGUUUAUCACACAUAGUAUAUUAUGUCGUGGUCAACAUCGUUUUCAUUCUCUUAUAUUCAAGCGUAAUCUUGCUCGUCGAGAAAUUCACGAUUUACAACAAUUAUAUGAGCUGUUGAAAGAUGAAUCAGAAUCGAACUCUAAUGUGGCCUACUCACAAUUGAUGUCACCAAAAGCCGUGUUUGCUAAUAAUGAAUUAAAUUUAAGUGAUAUUAAGAUAUACGGUUUUGAUUUUGAUUAUACAUUAGCCAGAUAUAAGCCAACAUUACACAGUCUUAUUUAUGAUCAUGCUAAAAAGUAUCUAGUCGAUAGAUUAAGAUAUCCCGAUGAUUUAUUAAAACUUGAAUUUAUGCCCGGUUUAGGUGCUCGUGGUCUUCAUUUGGAUAUUGCACGUGGAUGGUUAAUGAAAAUUGACUCUUAUCACAAUAUACAACUGGGAACAGUUUAUCAUGGUUUAAAUCCUGUAUCAGAUAAAGAGGUUAUUGAUGCACACAAAGGUACAAGAUUAUCCAUCGAUCAAAUUGGCUAUUUGGGAAUGAGUUCAAAUAUGUAUCAAUAUGUUGAUAUAUUUAGUAUACCAGAAAUAACAUUACUAAGAGAUGUUAUGCAAUAUUUCAUUGUACGUGGUAUUGCAUUUGGCGCAGAAUAUUUACAUUAUGAUGUUCGAGAUUCUGUUGGUCAAUUUCAUAAAAGUGGAACAAUGCAUAGUUUAGUGGGAAACGAAGUAGAAAAAUAUUUUGAACCACAUACACGUUUACGUCAGUUACUUGAACGUUUUCGUGCUGCCAAUAAACAAGUAUUUAUGAUUACAAAUUCAAGUUAUUGGUUUGUUGAACGUGGUAUGAAUUAUUUACUUGGUGAUAAAUGGAGAAAAUUGUUUAAUGUUAUCAUAUGUCAAGCAAAAAAACCAACAUUUUUUGCUGCACAAACAAAACCAUUUCGUGAAUAUAACACGGAUAAUAAUGCAAAAUCAUGGGAUCGUGUAACGAAGUUUGAGAAUGGAAAUAUUUAUGUUGAAGGUAAUCUUGGUUCAUUUAUCGAUUUGACAACAUGGAGUGGAAAUGAUGUUUUAUACAUUGGUGAUCAUAUUUAUGGAGAUUUAGCUGAUCUAUUUUUGAAACACGGUUGGAGAACUGGAGCUAUUUUGCAAGAAUUGAAAGAGGAAAUUGAAAUAGUUAAUUCAGAAGAAUUUCAGACAAUUAUCAAAUGGUUAAAUGUUCUCCAAUGGUUAAUUGAUCAAUUACAGGCUAUACCUGGUCCAGAAGCUGAUGUUUUAAUGAAACGUUGGGUAAUCGAACGACAAGAAUUAAGAUCAAAAUCAAAAGAUUUAUUUAAUCCUCAUUUUGGUAGUAUAUUUCGUACUUAUCAUAAUCCAACAUAUUUUCAUCGUCGUUUGGCUCGUUUCGCUGACAUUUAUACAUCUAGUGUGUGCAAUUUAUACGAUUAUCCACUUGACUAUAUAUUUUUUCCACGUCGUAUAGCUUUAGCACAUGAAAAUAUUCUACCCACACCUGAUCUUAAUAUAUUAUUACUAAAUAGUGCUAAACAAGCUCUAAGAACAAGUACAAUUUCAAAUAUAGAAUAA